CUACUCUAGACAGUUAUCUUUGCAGGCGCUUGUGUGAGUCAGUAGCAGCAGAAGGGAACAGAACAGCGGGGCUGCAACAAGAGGAGGCAGGAGUGGAGUUACACUGAAACCUGAAACUUUCUACUCGGAGAGCAUUUAUCAACUGGACUCUUUGAGCUUUUCUCCAUUUUAUUUUUCUCUUGAACAGGUCUGUUCUAUUCUACAGUCAAAGCUCCAUUGUGAGCUGCAUCUUACUUUUAUUCAGCAGACUCUCCUCUGUUGUGAACAAUGAGGUCCAUUGCACCAUUGUGCUGUUGGAGAAUCAUCCCUCUGGCUUUGACCAUGGCACUGGUGUCUAUGAGCAAAGCGUCUGAGUAUGAAUACCUGAGCUGGAAAUCGGACAUGUACAAUGGUGGCCGCAGCUAUGGCAAGCCUCCUCAGUGUGUGGAUAUCCCAGAGGACCUGAGGCUGUGUCACAAUGUGGGCUACAACCAGAUGCUGCUGCCUAACCUACUGGAGCAUGAGACUAUGGCUGAGGUAAAGCAGCAGGCGGGCAGCUGGGUGCCCCUGGUGCAUAAGAGCUGCCACCCGGGUACCCAGGUGUUCCUCUGCUCCCUGUUUGCCCCAGUGUGCCUGGAGCGCCCCAUAUACCCCUGCCGUUGGCUGUGUGAGGCUGUACGGGACGGCUGCACCCCUAUCAUGGAGUCGUUCGGCUUCCCCUGGCCUGAGAUGCUCACCUGCGACAAGUUUCCUCAGGACGAAGUCUGCAUUGCCAUGACUGCACCCAACGCCACUGAAGCCACAAAACCCACAGGUUACACCCCCAUCUGUCCCCCAUGUGACAACGAAAUGAAAACAGACAUCAUUCUAGAGCACAUGUGUGCCAGCGAGUUUGCUAUCAAGACCAAGAUCAAGGAGGUGAUACGGGAAGGAAUGGACCGCAAGGUGAUUCUGCAGAAAAGGAAGAAGCCGUUGAAACUGGGCCACCUGAAGAAGAAAGACCUAAAGAAUCUGGUUCUGUACCUGAAGAAUGGAGCCGACUGCCCCUGCCAGCAGCUGGACAACCUGGGCAACACCUACCUGAUCAUGGGCCGCAAGGUGGACAAGCAGUUCCUCCUGACAGGCAUCCACAAGUGGGACAAGUCCAGCAAAGAGUUCAAAAAGGCCAUCAAGAAACUUAAGACCCACAAGUGUCCAGCUUUCGAGAAUGUCUUCAAAUAAUCCGACCAAGCCUUUCCAGAAGCAUCUCAUCAUCAUGUUACAGAGGAACUUGCACAACCAAACAACCCACAUUUGUUUAGCUUUUUAUUGUUUUUGUUUAUAUAUCUAUAUAUAUCUUUGUAUAUUUACAGACCUGCUUUGAAUUUCCUGUCGUCCAUUUUCCAGUUGAGCAGUGCUAUCAUUGAGACCUGGUGGGUUUCCAGUUAUCUGAAAAAGUAAAUGACACUGCGCCCACUUCCUCCUGUACUGAAACCGUUUCCACUUUUGUAUGUAGAUAUUUGUGUUACACACUCCCUGAAUGUGCAGUAAAAAGACCACAAUUCAGUGAGUUCUGCUGAAAUGGAUGGACUUGCUCCUAUUGCUCUGAACAUGUAUUAGUAGAUCAUAGAAUUUACAAUUAGAUCAUAUUGAAUCGAUCAUACAGAAUCAACAAUUACUUGUAUUUUAGCUUUAAAAGCCACAUCAUAGAGAAGGUCAUUGAAUAACUUAUUGACAAUAGUAUGAUAGUGUGUUUUCACCGGAUUGUCUCAUCAAAAUAAUGACUGCACUACAGUUGAUUUUAAGAAUUUCAUCCUCUCUUCAGUUGCCUCAUUUGUUUCACAUUUUCUUUGACUUGAAAAAAUAUAUACAUAUGUUAAUCCAAUCAAUUCCAGUACAUCAACUGCAUCGUCUGAGUCAAAAUAACUUUUGCCUAAUGGUACAGUGUAUGAAAUGUACUUUAUAGCAAACUCUGUAUGAUGCAGUAUGCAUUGUUCAGUACUUCAAUUCAAAUGCAAAUCAGUUUCUUGAGUGGUUGCUCCGGUAUAUAGUAGAAUAAUGAAAUCCCUUGCAUUUGUAUAUGAUGUCAGAUAAUAUUUGACCAAAGUUUUGUUUAUUUUUUGUUAAUGCAGUCUUAAAUUGCUAUCCCUCUAGAUUGACGUUCAUUAAGUUUGUGACAACUUUGUGCUGCCUCACAUUUUGAAAGUGCCAACAGUGGAUUGACAAAUCUGUAUUUUUGAUUGUUUCGUUCAGUAUUGCUGAUCCAUCUUAGCACUAUCACGUUCAAUGACUGAAAAUGUGAAUGCCUGCAGUCUAUUUCUGCCACUUGUUAUGUACAUACACAUUUUACAUAAAUAUAGAAAACAAUGAAAA